UGGCAACACUGACUGGUUCAGAAAAAUAACCAGUGGAAAAAGUUCUAUAUACUUGUAUGUUCUAUAUGUUAAUAACAAAUUUGUUACUAUGAAUUGGUGUUUACAUGUUUUACAAGAAUAAUUUGUAUUUAAAUUACCUAUAUUCUAUUUCUUUGAAUAUAGCUUAUUUUAUAAGUGUUUUUUCGCAUGUUUACAUAUUUUUAGAAUUAAAAUGAACAUAUUUUAAAAGUAAGAAUGGAUGGCAGCAGUAAUUUGAACAUUGAAAAAUGUUCAUGUAAUAAUAAAAAGGAUCAAAUAGUCAAAAACAAUAUUCAUGGUUUAAAUACAAAAAAUGAAAAAGCCAAUAGCAAUAGUAAAAUAAAUUUUUUUAACUUUAAUAAAGGAAGAUUUAGUACAAGAAAGGACAAAAAGCAUAGUACUCCAACCCCUAGUACUAGUAAAAAAUCAUUUAAGAAGUCUCCUAAGUGGAAAAUUAAAAUAAAUUGCACAAAAAAGGAACCAAAAAUUGCCUAUAAUCAAGAAAAUCAAUCAUCUUUCACUUGUAUAUGUUAUCGACGAACGAAUGAAAUGACCAAUAACGAAAUUUGUCCUAAAAAAGAUAGGGUUGCUGAAAAUGAAUCGGAAAUUAUUAAUAAAAGUACUACUAAUGAUUUUGAAAAAAAUAUUGAUUUGGAAGAAAGAGAUGAUUAUAACGACGACGACGAUGAUUUGCCUGAACCAGAAAACCUCUCUAGAUCAGAUGAUAGAGUUAUACUAUAUGGUUCAGCAGGCACUUCUUCUAGCAUGGUGAUAAGCUCCUCUUUAGCUGAUAUGCAAUGGUUGCGAACUGUCCAUGAAGACUGUGAUGAGGCUGCUCGUAUUGCCCGCGCACAAGAAAUUGAACAAGGUGUUGAUCCUCCAGAAAAUUUCCGACCAAUUCAUCGUGUACAACUAGUGUGUUCUAACUUAAGCUCACAAGAGUGUGGCCAGCCGAAAAGUCUAAGGCGGUUGCAGCUAGUCUGUCCUCCAGAUCUUAGCGUUGAAUCUCUCAGAGCAUUGUUUCAAGAUCACGUUACACUCAGAUCUUGUCCACUAGAUGGCAUUACAGGCUGCCAUACACAAAUAGAUUUUAUACAUUGUUUAGUGCCUGAUCUUCUUAAUAUAACAAACUGUGGUUUUUACUGGGGAAAAAUGGAUAGAUACGAAGCUGAAAAAUUACUUGAAGGAAAACCGGAAGGCACAUUUCUUUUACGAGAUUCUGCACAAGAGGAAUUUCUUUUUAGCGUAUCUUUUAGAAAGUACGGCCGUUCUUUACACGCGCGAAUAGAGCAGUGGAAUCAUACUUUUAGUUUUGAUUCGCACGAUCCUGGAGUUUACACCUCCAAAACAGUAUGUGGCCUUAUUGAACAUUAUAAAGAUCCCAGUAGUUGUAUGUUUUUUGAACCAAUGUUAACAUCGCCUCUAAAUCGUAACUUUACAUUCUCUCUUCAGCAUAUGUCAAGAGCAGUUAUAGUCGGUCGAUUAACAUAUGAUAAUAUAAAUCUUUUACAUCUUCCUAAAACCUUAAAGUCUUACCUAAAGGAAUAUCAUUAUCGGCAAAAAGUUAGAGUUGAACGAUUUGAUGAUGAUGUGCAGUGGCUAGAGGUAAGAAAUAUGCAAACAUGAUUGUUUUAAAUCGAUCUUUUACAAGAUUUUGUAAAUUACUGUAAAUUUAACAAUUUAUAUAAUCAUGUACAUAAUUUUUGUCUGUUUAAAUUUAAAACAUGUUUAUUAAUAGUCACAUAUCAAUAUUAUGUUAAUACUCAAACAUACAUAUAAUGAUAUAUUCCUAAAUUGAGAUUAUAAUAAAUUAUUAAAAUGUGUGUACAUAUUAUUAACUACCUACUUUGUUUUGUCUGGUUUAAAAUUUAUAUGUCCGUCUUUGUUGCGCUGCCUACUAGGUCCAUUUUGUUAAAUUUGAUUUUUUGUAGUGAAAAUAUAUGUACAUAUACUACAGACAAUAAAUAUAAUACCAAAAAAAUAUAUAAAAUAUAGAUAUCAAAAAGUUGCUUGUUAUAGUGACAGUCGUCUUGACUUAAUAAAGGGACUGUUAACAAU